UAUUUAAUCGCGGUCACACCGGCAUUUAAGCUUCGACUUUGGCCGGUUGGGUUCUCUAUAUAUACGAUAUAUAUAGAAUAAAUACCGCGAUUAACAGCUCACCAGCCGGAAUCAAUAGACAGCGAUACAGUAGGCAAUAUCAGUAUAGGCGGCUAAAUCUGAUAACGAAUCUUUUGGAGCGAUCUCUAGCGAAAUGUCUGCAGACCGACUGGAUGUGAUUAUCUUUGGGGCCAGUGGCUUCACUGGCAAGUACACGGUUUUCGAGGCAGUCACCGUGCUCAGCGGUCUGCGAUGGGGAAUCGCGGGCAGGAACCGUGAAAAACUUGAGGGGGUGCUGAAGGAGAUGGGCGCAAAGGCCAAAAAGGAUCUCUCGCAGGUGCCCAUCUUCAUAGCAGAUGUCAACGAUGAGGCUUCUCUGUUGGAAAUGGCCAGGAAGUGCAGGAUCGUGGUAAACACAGCAGGGCCUUAUCGGUUCCACGGCGAGAAGGUGGUGAAGGCCUGCAUCGAGUCUGGCACCAACCAUGUCGACGUCAGCGGGGAACCCCAGUACAUGGAGACCAUGCAGCUGAAGUACGACCAGCGGGCCAAGGAAAAGGGGGUGUAUGUGGUCAGUGCCUGUGGGUUUGACUCCAUUCCCGCCGACAUGGGCGUCAUCUUUGUAGAAAAGAACUUCGAUGGCGUCGUAAACUCCGUGGAGACUUUCCUCGAAAGUGGGAUGAAGGAGGGCGUAAGUGGCGGAGGCAGUUCGGGCUUGAACUACGGAACGUGGGAGAGCGCCGUCUAUGGGCUCGCCCACUCGGAUGAGCUGCGCGGCAUCCGCCAGCAGCUCUUCCCCCUGAGGUUGCCCAAGUUUUUCCCCGUCCUCAGGCCACGACCCCUGAUCUUCCGUUCCACCGAAGUGGACAAGGUGUGCCUUCCCUUCCCCGGUUCCGAUCGUUCGGUGGUGAUGAGAUCUCAGCGCUUCCUCUACGACCAGGACAAGAAAAGACCCGUGCAGAUGCAGGCCUACGUGGGAUUCCCCUCUUGGCUGGCUGCCGGCGCGGUAAUCCUUUUCGCCAGCAUCUUCGGACUGCUGUCGAAGUUCCAGCUUGGGCGAACGCUGCUACUGAAGUACCCAGGCCUAUUUUCCGGAGGUUUGGCCUCGCGUUCCGGACCGAGCGAGGACUCAAUGGAGCGUACCUAUUUCAAGAUGACUUUCAAAGCCACUGGCUGGCCCAAAGGAGAUCGCCUGGCAGAGGGCUCAGACCAGUAUACGGAGCCACCGUCCAAGUCGCUAAUGGUACGUGUAUCGGGAAUGAAUCCUGGAUAUGGAGCUACCUGCGUGGCUCUACUCUCUACGGCAAUAACCAUACUGCGCGAAUCCGAAAAGAUGCCUAACAACGGCGGAGUUCUGGCUCCAGCAGCCGCUUUUUCCAAAACUAGCCUCAUCAGCGAGCUGGAGAAACACGAUCACGGCAUUAAGUUCGAAAUUCUGGCCAAUAAGUAAAGUUAAACCAAAACUUUAAUACAACGGCUCUCUUCUAACUGCUAGGCUAUGAUCCGUUUAUUACACGGUUUUAACUGUAAUUAUAUAAGCACUUAUUAAAUAUACGUUCACAACCAAAA